ACCUGUGCGAGCUGGUCUUCACUUUCAGCCGCUGCAGCGGGAUCUGUCCUCUCCGUCCAUCUGCACCUUCGUUUUGCCGUCCUGCACCUUUUCAGCACGAUGACCGGCCAUCAGUGGGGUUACGGGGAGGACGAUGGUCCGUCUGCGUGGCACAAAGACUAUCCCAUCGCUGAGGGCCCCCGCCAGUCCCCCAUUAACAUCGUUCCUGAAGAGGCGGUUUACGACAGCAACCUGCCGGCCAUCACACUCAACUAUGACAACUGCACCUCCAUCAACAUAUCCAACAACGGCCAUUCUGUGGUGGUGGAGUUUGACGAUGCAGAUGACAGAUCAGUGAUGCAGGGAGGCCCCUUGGACAGCGCAUAUCGACUCAAACAGUUCCAUUUCCACUGGGGAGGGAAGGGCUGCCAUGGCUCUGAACACACUGUCAGUGGGAAAACCUACACAUCUGAGCUACAUCUGGUUCAUUGGAAUUCUGCCCGAUAUAGUUCAUUUGGAGAAGCCGUGGCUGCCCCUGAUGGUUUGGCUGUGCUUGGCAUCUUUCUGGAGAUAGGAGAUGAACACAGAGGUCUGCAUAAGAUAACAGAUGCCUUGUACAUGGUUAAAUUCAAGGGAACCGUUGCUGAUUUCAGAGAUUUUAACCCUAAAUGCCUGCUGCCUCGUAAUUUGAACUACUGGACCUAUCCUGGCUCACUGACCACUCCUCCGCUGUAUGAAAGUGUCACAUGGAUUGUUCUGGCUGAACCUAUUGUAGUCUCAGAGAAACAGAUGGGAAAGUUCAGGAUGCUUCUCUUUAGUGGAGAGGAAGAAGAUGAUCGGAAACGGAUGGAGAACAACUUCCGGCCGCCGCAGCCGCUGAAGGGCAGGACGGUCCAUGCCUCCUUUAAGUAGCAUCUCCGUCAUCAAUACUGAGUCAGUCCACUCUUCAGAAAUUGGUCUAGAAUCAGCUUUCAGCGAAUGGGACUUCUACAGUGGUUUACUUUAACAAAACUGAGGCACAUUACAAAACUCAGUCAUAAGAACAACCAAACAUCACCAAGCACUGUGACGAUAUUUAUGAAAAAGUACAAACGGACACUGGCAGCGCUAUGAUGAGGACCAGCAGGCCUUGGCAUGCCCUCGUUUAUCAUUGGGCCACCUGAAAUGAUGUUGAAAUUGACCCUAAGUGGUAAAAUCUUAGGAAUAAAUGUCCCCAAAAAAGAGAACUGAAAAUGCGCUCACUAAAUGUGUCAAAUUCAGAGUUGCAUUUUUUACGUUGACCAAUCAACAUCCCAGUUUAACCAGUUACCGUAACUGUGGGUCAUUUGUUAAGCGUCACUCCUUUCUGAGCCACCAGCACAUCCAGCUAGAGUUUUCUAGGCUGAAUCUGGACACAGCUCAUCACGCUGGUACAAGAAGUCUGAAAGGCACAAAGGUAGCAGAGUAUGGAUAAAUAUAGUAACUACAAAUAGUUAUCUUCAUUGCUAUUAAUCAAUCAGCUUAUUAACAUUAAAGGCAUAUGUACCAGAAUCAACAGCAUACUAACAUUUAUAUUGGUCAAUAUUGCUCCUGUGUGCUAAAAGUUUAGUAGAAGCCUCAGUUUGUAUGGUUUUUGGACCCCUAUAUCUCACUGUCUGCUAGAGAUUUGACCUUUUGCCCAUCCAAACAGCAUGAAUACCAUCCUAAAGCAUAUCUUGUCAUUGAACUGAUUAACAUACCUGCAGUUUUUACGCUCAUAUCUGAAAUUAUGGUGCGAAACGGGAUCUGGCAUUUCGGUUCUCCAUUGUAUCAGAUGUAGAUGAUUCAUAAGAGGGUAGGGACUGGAAUGUUUGCAGUAUGCUUUGUUUGGGUGACUAAUAUCUCCACGAUCAUCCCACACAGUCAUUUGCUAAAGGGUGCUGAGUAAUGACCCCAAAGCUUUGUGUGACUUGGUUUUGACACUGAGCCCCUCUAAUCCAUCAUGAUCAGGCUUUUGUUGAGGAUCCACCCUUAGGUGCUUCAAACCUGACACUGCGGUUGGAUUAACCAGCGACCGACUUGUUUCAAGAACUAUAGGAACAGUUGGAGCCCAGCAUUUCGGGCUUGGACCCAAGAUUUGCAUUGAGCUCAGAAAGGUCAACCUCUGCCCCCCACAGAGGGCCUUCAGUUGAACUCACCCUGGUGUUAUUCACACUACUCCUUCUUAGGCACUUGAUUCUUUUGAAAGACAGACCAGUUAAUUAAAGGGGCACUGUUUUUAAGGGGCACCGGUUUUAAACAGAAGCAUGUAUGAAAUACACUGGAAUGCCUCCACCCUACAGACAUGUUAACUGAAUUAGUGUGAGUUAUUUAUUCGGAGCUGUAUGCUGGAGCUGUUGUUCACUGUAGCACAUCAGUGCUUUCGCUGUUAUAGGUGAGUUGUGUAUGAAAGUCAUGAUGGUUGAACUUGUCCAGAUGCACUAGACUGAAAGUGAAAUGGUCCUCCUUACAGGCAUAACUUCUGUUUAAUUUUCAGGCUUUAGUAGAAGCAAGUUAUGGCAGCUUUGUGUAAUGUUGGUCCUUAUUUAUUUCUGAGCUUCUGGACUAAAUUCAAAUAAUACAGCCUGCAGGCCACUAGGUGGCAGUGUGCAUUUUGUCAUAUAUACAGUACUGUGCAGAGAUCAAAGACCACCUUUUGGGUAACCAAUUUCCAGUCAAAAUGGCCAUUAAGGACAUAAUAAAUGAAGUUAGCAAAAACAUGUAUAACUAAGUGGAAUAUCACAUUUUUCAGUAUUUAGUGUGUCCACUGUAAAAGGUUGCACAGAUUUCUCCACAUGUCCAAAGUUCAGUCUUACAGGUAGGUUUUGCAUUUUCUGAUUCUUAUGAUGCAAGUAAUCCCAAACACACUCAGUGAUGCUGAGGUCUGGACUCUGGGGUGGUCAGUCCAUUGUUCUGAGAACAUCAGCUUCUUUGUCUGAUUUUGCCUUUUUUAUUCCCUUUUCUCGGUGAGGGUUUCUUGACAGCACAUUCACAUCCACAGCACUGAGUUGUCCUUGUAGUGGACGUAUGGAUGGAUUUAUAAACUCUAGUUUUGGAAAGUCUUGUUUUUUUCCCCACUUAUUUUCUUUUGACUUUCUCCUUCUUUAUGCAAGCACGUUAUCUUCUAUCUAAUGUCUUCAGAAAUGUAACGAUCAUUUUGAUGGGUAGUUAAAUAUGCACGUGUGUGUGUGUGUGUGUGUGUGUGUGUGUGUGUGUGUGUGUGUAUACAAUAUCAUUAUUUCAUUUUUGGCAGAUGUACAUGCAGUGCAGUGCAAAACACUUGAGUGCACAAGAAAAGGGAACUUUGGCAGUAAGUGUGGUUGUGUGGUGGCUUUUUUUUCAAUGAAAACCUUGCAUAUCAUUAGAAUAAUGAUAUGUAAAUACAUGUAAAUACAGUAAAAUGUGGC